AUGUCUCUCUGCUUGGGUCUGAGAAGGGUUUCCCAAUCCUUCAACGCCCUAAUACGCCACCGUUCCUUGGCCCAUCGUCACUUCACCACUCAAUCUUGCAGCCGCCGAGUCCUGUUCUUUGUCCGGAAUUUGGGGAAUGGAUACUUCUACUCCGCAAAAAUCCAAAAGGAUGGCACCCUAGGCCCUGCCACUAUGCUUCCCUCAGUCCCUUCCGAAAUACUUCCCGAAAUCUUGUCUUCAGAAAGUUAUGUAACCAACGACAAGAUCUUGUUUCUUUUGGGCUGGAAAUUACACAUCUAUAGGCCCGAUACCGGUGAGUACUCCACUCUUGCCGAUCUUCCUCCUCGUCAUCCCGCUUUGCAUUAUAAGUAUUUCAAUAGUGUCUACUACUUUGGGUUUGAUGCUUUGUCCAACGAGCACGAGCACGAGCACAAGGUUCUCUUAGUUCAAAGCGUCUAUUACGGAGAAGCCUUAUGGAAAAGGCUUUUCUGGGUUUUCACGCGAGGCAGCGGAUCAUGGAGUCAGAUACCAAAAAUAGUUGGUUUUAGGGGUGACAGUGAUCAAGUUGUUGCAAAUGGCGCAAUUCAUUUUAAUUAUAAUUCUUAUGGUAGACGGCCAGAGAAAUAUAUAUUGGCUUUUGAUAUGGUGGAUAUGGUGGAGGGGCAACUUAGAAAGAUACCGUAUCCUCCUGAUGAUUCGUUCCAUGGAUAUCUAACUCAAUUUGGUGGACGUUUGGCUUUGAGGGGAUAUUAUGACAGCGAGGAGGAGUACGACAAGUUGAAGUUAUGGAUAUUGGAGGACUACAAUAAUCACAAGUGGGUUAAGCAAACAAUUCAUAUGCCUUUUGGUUGGAUGAGGUUUAACUAUGUUCUUGCCUUAAACCUUAAAACCGGCGAGAUGUUGCUACAAUCAAAAGUUUCAGAUCGGGGUUCAUUAGAUCGUAGUCGAUACUUUCUCUAUUACAAUAUGAAGACGGGAACUUUUAGGCGGGUUGAAGUCAACGGAUUGCCCCGUUGGAUCGAGUUAUCGGAUUGGAUCCAGGUCAAUGACAAUGGUCCUUCUCCUCGAGUUGUCGUCAAGAUUAAUUUCGAUGACGAGAUGGAGGCAGAGGAUAGGGCCAACUCAGCACCAUGGACAUCCUCAUUCCUCUGA